GCGCACCUCCCUCUGGCGUCUGGGCGGGAGUGGCCGCGCUGCCCUGGGCCCCCCGGCGCGUGCGCGGCGCGGGAGGCGGGGAGCGGCGCGAGCUCGGCGGUGCAGGGGUGGCUGUCCCCGCCCUGCCAUGGCCCCAUCAGUCUGCAGGACACUCCUGGGGCUGGCCUUGUGUGUGGCGAGCAGUGCUGCUUUCCUCUACCAUGACUACUGCAUCAUUGGGGCUGGCCCCUCAGGCUUGCAGGCAGCCUAUUUCCUCCAGCAAGCCAGCCGAGACUACAUCGUCUUUGAGCGGAGCCAUGCUCCUGGCAGCUUCUUCGCCCUCUACCCUCGGCACCGCAAGCUCAUCAGCAUCAACAAGCGGUACACAGGCAAGUCCAACAGUGAGUUCAACCUCCGCCAUGACUGGAACUCCCUCCUCAGCCACGACCGCCGUCUGCUUUUCAAACACUACUCCCAUGAUUUCUUCCCUGACGCUGACACAAUGGUGCAUUACCUGGAGGACUUUGCUUCCCUACUGAAGCUUCAAGUUCAGUACAACACAGCUAUCAUCCAUGUGACGCUGGAGAAGAACAAGCAAGCCUGGAAUGGCCACUACUUCCUCCUGACUGACCAGGACAGGCAGAACUACAAAUGCAGCUCUUUGUUGGUGGCUACUGGGACGUGGGUCCCCAACGUGGUGAAUUUUCCUGGCUCAGAAUAUGUUGAGGGUUACGAGACUGUGUCUAUCAACCCAGAGGAUUUUGCUGGCCAAACCGUGUUGAUCUUGGGCCGGGGGAACUCAGCCUUUGAGACAGCAGAGAACAUUCUGGGCGUCACGAACUUCAUCCAUAUGGUGAGCCGGUCCCGUGUGCGCCUCUCGUGGGCCACCCACUACGUUGGGGAUCUGAGAGCAAUUAACAAUGGCCUGCUGGACACCUACCAGCUGAAAUCUCUGGACGGGCUUCUGGAGGGUGACCUGGAAGAUCUGGCUAUUGUGAAGGAUAAGAAAGGAAAGCUGCACAUCACACUCCGGUUCUACCUGGAGGACAGGAACACCAGUGCAGGCAUUGACUCCAUCACCCUGCCCCAGGACGAACUGGACAAUUUUGCCACCCGUGCUCCUUACGACCGUGUCAUCCGCUGCCUGGGCUGGAAGUUUGACUUCUCUAUUUACAACAGAUCCCUUAAAAUGAUGCCAGGGAAAGGGUAUAAAAAGAAGUAUCCUCAGAUCAAUCCCAACUAUGAGUCCAGAAGCACUCGGGGACUCUUUGUUCUUGGCACUGCUAGCCAUUCUGUUGACUUCAGGAAAUCUGCUGGGGGCUUCAUCCAUGGAUUCCGGUAUACAACUCGUGCAGUCCACCGCCUAUUGGAAAACCGUCACCAUGGUGUCCCCUGGCCGUCCACAGUCUACCCUAUUACACAGCUGACCAAUUCCAUCAUCAAGAGGGUGAAUGAGGCCUCAGGCCUCUACCAGAUGUUCAGUGUCCUGGCUGACAUCAUACUGCUGAGAGAGAAUGCCACCGCCUUUGAAUACCUGGAGGAGUACCCAGUUGGAGUCCUGGCUGAACUGGAAAUGCAGACGGGGAGGAAGGCUCCCAAUGGGCUGUUUGUCAUCGUCAUGGAGUAUGGAAGGAAUUUCUCUGGGGAUGACAAGGAUGUCUUUUACUACAAUCGAGCUGUGGGAGAGGCACAGCAUGCCUGGCAGUCCAACUUUUUACACCCUGUUAUUUACUAUUACAAGCACCUCCCAACAGAGCAUGAGAUGAAACGUCGACCCUCAGAUUGGCCUCUUCCCCGCCCAGAUGCCAUCCAUCACAUUGUGGAGGACUUUCUGACCGACUGGACAGCCCCAAACGCUCACAUCCUGCCACUGAGGCGGUUCUUGGAGAACUGCCUCAGCACUGACCUGCGCAAUUUCUUUGCAGAGUCCUGCUUCCUGUUCGCCUUCACCCAUCAGAAGCUGCCUCCCUUCUGUCGGCAGGGGUACAUGAGAAUGCAAGGGCUCCUGGGGAGCGAGGGGCUGCUGCGCCACGCGGCAGACGCUGGCCUGCUGGAGGAUUACACUCUCACAGAUGUGUCGGGUGACAGACCCCCUAGCAGCCACAGAGCACCACAGGACCAGCUGCUGAGAGAUCACGUGAUAUCAGUUCGUCCCUUGCAGCAUCUUGUCAAUGCCAAGGAUGAGCUUUAACCAUUCUUGCUCCGCACUGAAACCUACAGGUGCUGUUGUGACAGUUGUAACAGAGAUCCACAGCAGGGUUCUGCUCUUUCCUGUGCACCUUUUCCAUCCUCAUGCCUUCCAGUGAUCAUGAAUUGCCAAAGACCUGCUCAGAUCUUGCUGUUACAAAGAGGACCAAGAUGCUCUGAAGGAUAGCUGAGGAGCCAAAUUAACUCAGUCAUCCUGAGGCUCCUGCAUUGUCCUUGCAGAGUUCAUAGUUGCCUGAAGAUGGUGUUUGUGUUGUAUCUCGCAGACCAAUGUCUGCAGCGACGUCCAGGGGUCACAGAAGAGAGUGCAGGAACGCCUGGGUAACAAAAUGCCACGUACCUCUUGGGAGGUGACCUGCUCUGCUCGUGCCCUGUGGCAGCCCGGCGCUGGCUCUCAAUUCCCUGGGUGCUGUAAGCUGUGUUGGUGCACCAGAUCCCAAAGCAGUACUGUGGGCAAACUUCUCAGUAUUUCUCCUGCAUUUGAGUUAGGAGGUUGUGGAGCUCAUGUGGAGAAGGGUGGUUUUAGUUACCAUUUAGGUCAGUAAAUGACAUUUGUCAUUUCCGAAAGAGCACUGCAAAGGACUCUUCCAUCCCUGAAGGGUGAGGAGCUUGCCUGGAAUGCCUGGGACACAGACUUACACCGAGUUCAGCUCCGCUGUCCUCAUGUCUUUCUUCUGCACCUAGCAGCCCGAAAGGUUAGCCCCUGUCUUUUGUAAAGCAUGACCAAUUUCACUCCUGUUUGCACUAUGUCCCAUCAAGAAAGCUUUGGGACUUUGAUCGAUGUUGUUAAAAAUGCUCGGUUUCUAUUUUAUUCCCCUCCAACUACCUUGAGAACUUAAAAGCACUGAAUGAGAGGCUGUCUACACUUUAUUGCUCCCUCUGUCAUGUGCAUUUGUCUGUCACCUCCCUGUAGGCUCCUUUCAUAGCCCUGAAGUUGCAAAGCAAGAGCAGCUUUGAGCUUGGCCAUAUGACAUCCUUGUGAUUUCUA